AUGGACGUCGUCAAUCAGCUGGUGGCCCAAGGUCAGUUCAGAGUGCUGAAAGUUCCCCUAGGCUUCAUCAAGAUCUUACAAUGGUUCUUCGCUAUAUUUGCCUUCUCCACAUGCGGAAGCUACUCGGGAGAGCUGCGCAUGUCCGUGGAGUGCAAGAACCGCACGGACAGCGACCUGAGCCUCGAGGUGGAGUUCGAAUAUCCUUUCAGAUUGCAUCACGUGUACUUUGACGCCCCCACCUGUAAGGGGGGCAACACAGAGCGUGUCUUCCUGGUAGGCGAUUAUUCCUCCUCGGCCGAGUUCUUCGUCACCAUCGGCGUCUUCUCCUUUCUGUACACCACGGCGGCGCUCGCCAUCUACGUCUUCUUCUUUGAGAAGUACAAGGAGAACAACAAGGGCCCGCUGGUGGACCUCGGUGUGACCGCCGUGUUUGCCUUCAUGUGGCUGGUGAGCUCAGCGGCCUGGGCCAAGGGUUUGUCUGACGUCAAGAUGGCCACAGACCCAGACCAGGUCAUCACUUUCAUUGAGGCCUGUGAGGCCGAGGAGAACCGUUGCCGGGAAGUGCACGACCCCGUCAUGUCUGGACUCAACACAUCAGUGGCUUUCGGCUUCAUCAAUCUGGUCCUGUGGGUGGGAAACCUGUGGUUCGUCUUCAAGGAGACGGGCAUCAUCGCCCCCUUCAUGAGAGCGCCUCCCGCUCAGGAGAAACCACCCACCAACGCGCAAGGCAUUUACGAGCAGGACCCUUAUGCCAGCAACCAGGGGGGCUACCAGCCUGAAUACAACCAGCAGGGUUACAACCAGGAUGCAGAGCAGGGGGCGCCCACCUCCUAUUCCAAUCAGAUGUGA